UCCCCGAGGGCGUGGUCCAUCAGUACCACCGCCUCCAGCCCUUCCGAUCUCCAUCCGACGGCCCUGACUGGUCCGUUCCGUCCCGACCCCGAUUUAACGAUCCCUCGAUUAGGUUUUCUUUUCUUGAGCUUGCCAAUUAGGUUUUCGUUAUCUCUCCGCGUUCGAAUCCGACUGAGGCCGUGGUGGAGGCCGGAGAAGCGCACGGCCGAGACGAGUCCCUCCGCUGCCCGAAGAAACCUCCCGCGUUCCCCCGGGAGACCCGCAGCGCUAGCUCUUCAGAGAAAUCGCCAGCUCCUCCCGUACUUCGUCGAGAAGGCGACGGAUCGUCACGAUUUUUUGAAUCUUCUGCGGGCGGGGAAAGGGGACGGAAUUCUCUGCUUUUUGCCUCCGAUCUGAUGUAUUUCAGCCAUUUCUCGAAUUUGUUUAUGAAGAUGUCUUCAAGAGACUAAAGAGUUCCUGUGACCACAGGCCAGGAACAGCUUAUUAAAAGGAUGAAAUGUCUCAACCCUGGGUAGAUGAUGCAAAGUUCUCAGCACCCACUUCGUCAUCUAGUUCACAUCCUGCAUUUUCUCAAUCUUCAUCAUAUUCCAGCUUAAGGCACAGUCAUAGAAAUAUUUAUCCGUUGUUAGCACGGAGGGAGAUCUCUCCUCGAGCAAAAUGCUACUCGAAAAGGCUGUGGAGAGAAGCUUCAAAGGGGAGAGCUGAUUGCAUCGAGCUAAGAUGUGAAACUGUUGAUGCACGACAUGCUCUUAUUUCUUGGGUAGAAGCAGAGUCGUUGCGUCACUUGUCAGCCACGUAUUGUCCUCUUUUGCCGCCUCCGAGGUCCACAAUUGCAGCAGCAUUUAGUUCUGAUGGAAAAACUCUUGCUUCCACGCAUGGUGACCACACUGUUAAGAUAAUUGACUGCCACACUGGAAACUGUCUGAAGGUGUUAAUGGGCCAUCGACGAACACCUUGGGUGGUUAGGUUCCAUCCACUGUAUUCAGAAAUACUUGCAAGUGGUAGCUUGGAUCACGAAGUUCGUAUCUGGGAUGCUUAUACCACGGAUUGUAUUGGGUCACGUGAUUUCUAUCGACCAAUUGCCUCGAUUGCUUUUCAUGCCCAAGGAGAGCUUCUUGCUGUAGCAUCAGGUCACAAGCUGUACAUAUGGAACUACAAUAAGAGGGGAGAAGCUUCUUCCCCAAUGAUUGUGUUGAGGACUCGGCGUUCUUUGAGGGCUGUGCAUUUUCAUCCCCAUGCAGCGCCAUUUCUAUUGACAGCUGAGGUGAAUGAUCUCGAUUCGCCAGACUCGCCACUGACACUUGCAACUUCAUCUGGCUAUUUGCACUAUCCUCCUCCUGCUGUCUUUUUUGCAAACAUUAAUUCAAGCAUUCGUCCACAUCUGGAGGCUAAGGUUACAAGGGUUAGUAGCUCCAGUAAUGGGCAGCGGAGACAGAGAAACGUAGAUAUGGGAAACCAAGAUGAGAACUUAGCAAGCCCGAUGGAUAUAUCUCCUGGAGAACCUUCUAGCUCAAAUAUUAUGACAGAAGAUUCAGUUGCUGAUUCUAUGCUGACUGGAAUGGAAACAGUAACAUAUGAUUCUUUUAUGGGAAGCGCAGAAAACACUGAAGGGCAGCCUAGCAUUGGAUUUCAGCAAAGAAGUUCUACUGGCAUGGUUGAGAGAUUGGAUGCUUUGAACAAUGGGCCAUCAACUACUUCCCCUUUCAAUGGGGUGACUAUAAGAAUACCUGUGAGGCAAUCUAGGCCAGGUUUAGAGAGUUCUUCUGCCUUCAAUUCUUCAAACUCUUCAGGCAGUACUGACCUUCAAAUGCUAUUAAGAAGUCUAGAUGGUGGACAACUUCAUCAAUUUAUUCCUUUUAGCGAUCCAGCAAGCUGGGAGUUGCCUUUUUUACAGGGCUGGUUAAUGGGUCAAACUCAUGCAGGCCUGCAAGGAAAUUCAUCUGUAGUUCGUGGAACAGGAGCUGACUUCUUGACACCUGAAUUGCUAUAUACCCGUAAUGUGGAAGCUCUAGUGGCUGCUUCUUCAAUGGCAACCACUAAUGGCCAUGCUAGGGUAACUGGACGAUCUGGUUCUCGUCAUCGUUCACGCUCCCGUUUGAUGGCUUCUACAGCUGCCGGAGAAGGUGCCUCCUUUCUUAAUGCCCAAAAUGAUGAAGCUGAGCCUCAUCCUGGUCCCAGCGGUGUUGAAUCUGAAAUUCCUACAUCAUUGGCUGCGGCAGCUGCUGCUGAACUACCUUGUACAGUGAAGCUAAGAAUAUGGCCACAUGAUAUACAAGAACCAUGUGCCCCUUUAGAUCCAGAGACAUGCCGUUUAACUAUACCACAUGCUGUCCUUUGCAGUGAAAUGGGUGCCCAUUUUUCUCCUUGUGGCCGAUUUUUGGUUGCUUGUGUUGCAUGUUUACUGCCCCAUGUCGAAGGUGAUCCAGGAGUUCAGUCACAGAUGCAACAUGAUGCUACAGGGGCUGCAACUUCCCCAACACGCCACCCAAUUUCAGCUCACCAAGUUAUGUACGAGCUUCGCAUCUAUUCUCUUGAAGAGGCAACCUUCGGCAUGGUGCUAGCUUCAAGAGCAAUCAGAGCUGCUCAUUGCUUGACUUCUAUUCAGUUCUCUCCUACGUCAGAACACAUAUUAUUAGCAUAUGGCCGUCGCCAUAGUUCACUUCUAAGGAGCAUUGUUGUUGAUGGGGAGACUGCAAUACCUAUAUACACAAUAUUGGAGGUUUAUAGAGUUUCAGAUAUGGAGCUUGUAAAAGUUCUUCCUAGUGCAGAAGAUGAGGUCAAUGUUGCAUGCUUUCAUCCUUCAGUUGGAGGAGGUCUUGUUUAUGGGACUAAGGAAGGCAAGCUCAGGAUUCUUCAGUAUGAUGGCCCACAUGACACAAGUUGCACAGGACCAAAUUUCUUUCUUGAGGAAAAUAUGCUUGAGGCUGAUAACCUUUGUAUAGAAGUACCUCCAAGAGAUACAGUGUAGUAGUUAUCUUGACUCUUCCUCAACUAACUCAAGGCAGAUCGUGCACUGGGAGUUUAAUCAAGUGGAUGUGGAAUUUGGAACGUGCUCUCCAUUGCUGAAUGAUCAUCAUACUUGCUCGGAGACAGCUCGACGAUGUAAGGUUCACGGUGUAUAAAAAUUUCUCUAAUUUGUAAUCUCAAACUUGCAAGCCUUGUUUUUCUUGCUCCAAAUCAAAUGCGCAAAAUGCAUUCUGAACUCAAAUUGGUUUCCUGUUCAUGUCGAGCGGAUGUCAUGUUGGUUCAUUGCCUGUUGCAUGUUCAUUGUUGUGUAUUAUAUUUUAUCAUAUAGUAAUUUAUUUCCUGCUCUGAUGACUGGAUGCAAAAA